GCGGGUGCCUCCGCGGCGCAGGCGGCCAUCUUACAGCGCGGAGCCAAGGCCUCCGGCUCCUCACGCCCGCGGCGCGGCCCGCGGACGGAACCCGCCUGGCCUCGGCAAGGCGACGGACGAGCGCCCGGGCGGGACGGGGAUGGGGUGGUAGCGACUCGGACUCAGGGGACGAGCCGGGGGUCCCCGCCGGGCCCGGCGCUAGCAGCGGCUCAACCAGCUCCGCCAACUCCCGCGCACGGUACCGCUGAGGAGCGGCCGCGUCCUGAGGGCGAGGGUCCCUCCGCCCCGCCCCGGCGAGGCAGGGCCGGCCUCGCCGCCGGCAGCCCGGCCCCUUUUCCCCGAAACACCUCCCGGCCCUCGCAACCGCCGCGCCUGGCAACCGCGCCGCGGGGCCGGGCCGGGCCGGGCGGAGGAUGAAGCAGGCGCUGGUAGACGACACCGAGGAUGUGUCCCUCGACUUCGGGAGCGAGGAGGAGCUGGCGCUGCGGAAAGCAAAGAUCAGGCACCCACUGGCCACCUUUUUCCACCUGUUUUUCCGAGUGAGUGCUAUUAUUACCUACUUGUUCUGUGACUGGUUCAGCAACAGCUUUGUUGCCUGUUUUGUCACUAUUCUCCUCCUUCUAUCAUUUGACUUUUGGUCAGUUAAGAACGUGACAGGAAGACUCUUGGUUGGUUUGCGUUGGUGGAACCAGAUUGAUGAAGAUGGAAAAAGCCACUGGGUGUUUGAAGCAAAAAGGGUGCCUACAAUAGCUGCCUCAACUGAAGCUGAAGCUCGAAUCUUUUGGCUUGGUCUCAUUAUCUGUCCAGUUAUUUGGACAGUGUUUUUCUUUAGCACCUUGUUCUCCUUGAAGCUGAAAUGGCUGGCUCUUGUGAUAGCCGGGAUCUCCCUUCAGACUGCUAAUUUAUAUGGCUACAUCCACUGCAAACUAGGGGGACCAAAAAGCAUCAGCAGAGUAACUUCAAGGUUUUUUGUCACAGCAGAGGUUCCCAAGAGAGAGGCAAGGAGAAUUUCAGACAACCGCGCUGAAGAACGUGGGAAGACAGGCACUAGGUAAUCAAAUAAGGAAGAACAAAAAGGAUGAGCAGUAAGAGUACUCAUUUUUGAACGCCGGUCUUCAUAUGAAGGUGCUUAAGUAAAGCUCUUCUAGAAUUACACCUGCAAGAAUAAGGAUUUUAUGUUUUUGAGUCUUUAGAUCCUUCAUUACUUAAGUUUCAUCAAAAAGUGGUUUGUAUGGGCAGAAAAACAACGCUUAUGAUUUAUACAGAACACGCUUCUUUAUGAAAAAAUCCUGUCAGCCAACCAGGUGGUGGAUUAUCUUAACCAAGAAUUAGAAUGUAAUCUAAAGACAAUGCUCAUUUAUUUACUUUUGGAAUGACAAUAAACAAAAAUCAAACUGCCUCUCCCUCUUGUACACAAUAGUGAUUUUUCAAAUCUUUGAUUCCUCACUAAAAAGAGGAAUUGCAAUCACAAAGGGCCUCUUAGUUAUUAAGAUACCAAAUGUUUAUUUUUUUUAGUGUUUAGGCUUAGUGUUGAGUAGAAGAAACCAAAAGUAAUUUACCAUGUUCAUGCAGUGCUUGCAUGAAUUAGCCAGUUAUGUGUAAAUAGUUAAAGUAUGUCAAUCUUAUUCCAAUACCUGUAAUAAAAACUGUGCUUGUGCUAUAAUCAA